UCAGCUUAGGUGGCGGCUGGGCUGAUGCUCCUGGCAGUUGCGACUGGUCGCCCCCGCUGCAACCCUUCCCUCGGUCGGUCCUCCCCGCCCCCAGCCUCGGUUUCCAGACCCGCAGGCCGCUGGGCGCGGAGCCCAUGAGGGAGCGGGCCGCACCGCCGCCUUUGCGGCGUCGCAGUGCUGCUGAAGCGCCCCAAGCCGGCUAAGGCAUGGCCGUAGCCUGAGCUUGGAGCCGGAGAAGGAGCCGUCAGUACCCGAGGCGGGAACCAUGUCUGAGAAGCGCGCGGGCGCGCAGGCCGCAGGCGGCAGCUGGCUACAAGGCUUUGGCCGACCAAGUGUGUACCAUGCUGCUAUUGUAAUCUUCCUUGAAUUCUUUGCAUGGGGCCUAUUGACAACUCCAAUGUUAACUAUUCUACAUGAAACAUUUCCUCAACACACAUUCCUUAUGAAUGGUCUCAUUCAAGGUGUAAAGGGCCUGCUCUCUUUUCUGAGUGCACCACUUAUAGGUGCUUUGUCUGAUGUUUGGGGGAGGAAGCCCUUUCUCCUAGGCACCGUCUUCUUUACUUGCUUCCCAAUUCCAUUGAUGAGGAUCAGCCCUUGGUGGUAUUUUGCAAUGAUUUCUGUGUCUGGAGUCUUCUCAGUCACGUUCUCUGUGAUAUUUGCCUAUGUAGCUGAUGUCACUCAGGAACAUGAACGAAGUACUGCUUAUGGAUGGGUCUCAGCCACCUUUGCAGCCAGUCUGGUCAGCAGCCCAGCCAUUGGAGCAUACCUCUCAGCCCGCUAUGGAGACAGUCUCGUUGUACUGGUAGCCACAGUGGUGGCUCUUCUGGACAUCUGCUUCAUCUUAUUGGCUGUUCCAGAAUCCUUCCCAGAGAAAAUGAGACCACUCUCCUGGGGAAUUCAGAUUUCUUGGAAACAAGCAGACCCUUUUGCGUCACUGAAGAAAGUUGGAAAAGAUUCUACCGUCUUACUAAUCUGCAUUACCGUGUUUCUUUCUUACCUUCCUGAAGCUGGACAGUAUUCAAGUUUUUUCCUCUAUCUCACACAGGUCAUAGGUUUUGGAUCAGCUAAAAUUGCAGCAUUCAUAGCUAUGGUAGGAAUUCUGUCUAUUGUGGCUCAAACAGUCUUUCUUACCAUCUUGAUGAGGUCACUAGGGAAUAAGAAUACCGUCCUCCUUGGCUUGGGUUUCCAGAUGUUCCAGUUAGCCUGGUAUGGUUUUGGAUCUAAGGCCUGGAUGAUGUGGGCAGCGGGGACUGUGGCCGCUAUGUCCAGCAUUACGUUUCCAGCAGUCAGUGCCCUUGUCUCUCAGAAUGCAGAGUCAGAUCAGCAAGGAGUUGCUCAGGGAAUCAUAACUGGAAUAAGAGGACUAUGUAAUGGCCUGGGACCAGCACUGUAUGGCUUUAUAUUCUACAUGUUUCAUGUGGAACUGACUGAGUUGGAACCAAAAUUGAAUUCUAACAAUGCUGCUCUGCAGGAAGCUGUCAUCCCAGGCCCACCAUUUUUAUUUGGGGCUUGUAUAGUUCUUAUGUCUUUUCUGGUUGCCUUAUUUAUCCCUGAAUACAGUAAUGGAAUUAAAAAACAUAGCAAUAGCAUUAGUGGCAACCUGACCAACACCCCAGAACGGGGCAAUAAUGAGGACAUUGAGCCACUCCUGCAAGACAACAGCAUCUGGGAGCUUACUUCCUUCGAGGAGCCUGGGAGUCAGUGCACCGAAUUAUAAACUUGGCAGAAAAUAAGAUUCUGCGGAUACCGUCUCUCUGAAGUUGUUGGGGAGCCACACCACAUGGAGACAUUUUGGGGCUGGAAGGGAAAUGCUAGUGGCAUCCUUCAGGGCCACAUUUGAUAAGUAACCCUUUGCCUCCCCCUCUUCCUCCUUCUGUUCCUUUUCUUCCAUUCUUUUUCUUUCUGUUUAUACCUUAGAAUAAGUUAAAAUUUGAAAUACGUUGCUACGAAUAACAUGCAACUCUCAAAGUGAUCUGGAGUCCAGACUUUGAAAACAAAUAGAAAAGGUCAUAUCUGCUAAAAAGGAUGGCCUUCCUUUAAUACCUCCAGAUUAAGAGUGACAGCAGUUUUACAUGUCUUUUUCAGUAGAAGUGCAGGAUUUUGUUGGUCCUGCCAUCUCUGGCCAGAUUUACGGUAAAGAAUCCUUUAUGAUUUUGUUCCUUCUGGUUUCUCUGAAAAGUGCCCACUUAGUCCAUUGGUGUUUUUGAGUGGCUGCACAUAGACUCAGUGUCAGGGAUCUAUUGCCUUUGUUCAAAGGUCAAACAAAAACCCAUUCUUAAUCUCUUUUCCUUGUCUCUCUACUUAAUAUUCUUGGCUAGAAUAAAAUUCAGCAUUUACAGCUCUGGAUAUUAAUAAUAUUGAUCAGUAAUAUUCUUUACCAGUGAAGAAAUUUUUCUUAUAAGUUUAAGUCAUGAAGAAAUAACAAUUCAGAUUCCUCGACCUAGUGUCUUGGUGAGAUCCAAAGGUGAUUUUACAGAAGAAAAUAUACAUCAAACAUUCUGGUAGCAAUGUAGAAUUUGGAGGGUGCUUCCAAGAGUUUUCAACAAUGUAAACAUUCCUAAGUGAGGAUAAGUGUUAGUAACUGGAUACCAGUGGAGUUUAUAUCCAAGUUCAUACUCAUGUAAUGCAUUAUUAUUUGUUCCUUCCCACAUCUCCUGUGUCGUUCGUCUCGAUUUUUCUCAUUCAUUACAUCCCUGCUUUAACUGCUCUGUGUAGUAUACAUUUGUUUCAAUAGGUCUUUAUUUCCAUCUAUUUAUCUGACUUUUGAAUCUCAUGGGAAUGUGCACAUCAGAUUCAUUUCUAAAAUAUGAUGGUUUAGGACACUUAGUGUCACAAUAAGUGUCUUGCUAAUUUUUUUGAGAUGUUUUAUGGACAAAGAAAGCUUUACAGGUAGAUAGAUAGAUAGAUAGAUAUAUGCAUUUUGCUGCACCAAUAAAUUAACCAUUCACUAGGGCCUACCUUUAACAGAGCACUCCUUUGAAGGUUUUAUAGGUAUGAUAUAUAUGUAGAUAUUUGUAAGAAGUUUUAAAUUUUCUUGAUAGAGUGCUGUGUAAAUCUUGUAUUUAUAAUUGUAAUGAAGGUGUUCACAGAAAAAAUAUACAACUUUUAUAAAGGAUUAUGUACUGACUGAAUAUAUUUAAAAGAAAAUUUAUUUUGAAACCUAUUCUGCUAUGAACAGAAAUGACAUAUCUUUUUACUAUGUUUGUUGAUUUUUAAGUUAAGCUUCCUAAUGCAUA